AUGUAUAAAAAUCCUGAAGCUGCAUGUCAUUCCUUCCCAGUAACACCUUUGCAUGAGGGAGUAAUACGACCUGAAGAUGUUCCCGUACAGACUACCUACUGUGAACAUUACAACCAUACUGUGUGUGACAAUUAUGGUGUUCCAGGUUGCUCAGGGAUAGAAACCUGCCCAAAAUGGCAAGAGCCUGAUAAGAAAAAUCAUUGUUUUGUCCUGUGGACAAACAGCUCAGAGGGAAAGGUGGAGAUUACAUUCAAAGGCUGUUGGUCAAAUGAUCAGAGCUGCACGGAUGAGUGUGUCAGCAAACAGGCAGUCAGCAGCUUAAAAGGAGAGAAAAACCACAUAUUUUGCUGUUGUAAUGGUAAUAGCUGUAAUCAGAACUUUUCUUGGGAACCUGCAGAGGAUGUCUCCACCACAAAACCUCCUGCAGUUGAAGUGGAUAAUAAAGAUGCAAUGGUUCAGACGGUGCUGUGGACGCUGGGCACACUCAUCACUCUUGUCGUCAUUGUUGCGUUGCUUUUCUACCUCUACCGGCGACGGAAGAUGGCCAACUUUUUGGAAAUUCCAACUGUUGAGUCAACUGCACUAGCUCCCCCUUCCCCACCCAUGGGUCUGAGACCUAUACAGCUGCGGGAGAUCAAAGCACGUGGGAGGUUUGGCGCAGUGUGGAAGGCACAACUUCAUUCAGAUAUUGUUGCUGUGAAAAUCUUUCCAGUACAGGAUAAACAGUCAUGGCAGGUUGAGAAAGAAGUGUAUUCACUCCCCCAAAUGUCCCAUGAAAACAUUUUGCAAUUCAUUGGAGCUGAAAAACGUGGGGACAACCUUCAGGCAGAGUAUUGGUUGAUCACAGCGUACCAUGAUCGAGGAUCUCUCUGUGACUAUCUGAAGGCAAACCUGGUAACCUGGACUGAACUCUGCAAAAUUGGAGAGUCUAUGGCAAGGGGCCUCAUGUAUGUACAUGAAGAGCAGCAAGCCACCAAGUGUGAAGCGCUGAAACCUUCUAUUGCCCAUCGAGACUUCAAGAGUAAAAAUGUACUUCUGAAGAAUGACCUCACAGCUUGCAUUGCUGACUUUGGCCUGGCGCUGGUCUUCCACCCUGGACAGCCAACUGGGGAUACUCAUGGACAAGUUGGAACAAGAAGGUACAUGGCGCCAGAGGUACUGGAAGGAGCAAUAAACUUCCAGCGUGAUGCCUUUCUACGUAUCGACAUGUAUGCUUGCGGUUUAGUGCUUUGGGAGAUUCUCUCAAGGUGCUCAAACCAAGAGGGUCCUGUGCCAGAAUACCAUCUGCCAUUUGAAGAAGAAGUUGGGCAGCACCCCACCUUAGAUGACAUGCAGGAGUGUGUUGUUGCUCAGAAAGCACGUCCUGCAAUUCGUGACUGUUGGCGAAAGAAUCCGGGCAUGAUGGCCUUAGUUGAUACCAUGGAGGAGUGCUGGGAUCAUGAUGCAGAGGCUCGUCUCUCGGCUUCUUGUGUUGUAGAGAGACUUGCUGUGUAUACCCGAAACCAGCACUUUUCCCCUACCUCAAAUCCACACAAGGAGUCAAGCAUAUAAGGCCAUUAUGUGGUGGCCACGUACCUGGACAAGUACCUGUGCUGUAACCGCCUAUUCUGGGUCCUGGUGCGGGACAGACCCCAGCCACCGCGUCCCACAGGCACCAGCUGUGUUGGGGGCCGAGUGUAUCAUGUAACUGCCUCAGUCCCCCCUCUCCCCCUUUUCCCAACUUUUAAUCUAUACACCACAGCCAUUAACUACAGUUGCAGCUUCUCUUGACUAAGCAAAGUCUAGCCAGUCUAAGAAGAUUGGUCUUUGGGGACUUAUCCUAGAGAAUGUACUCAUCCUUUGUGAGUACAUCAAGCUUGGUACUGGCGGGUGAGAGGCUGUGUGAGUCAGAUAUGUCUUCCUGUAACUGAUUAGUGCAAUAGUUUGAUAUCCUUGGCGGUGCUUCAGAUGCAUUUCCCCCCCUUCCCGUAUGAAAGAACUGACAUAAAAUAAAAAUGAAUUUUUCAAAGUCCAGUGUGUCCAACCAUCUCUUUUGUUUGGCUGGUUUGGUGUUGGGUGAGGGGGGAGACUGAGUGUGGUGCCAAAGGGGUCAACAGGGAAGUGCUCGGACUGCUAAGAAAGGCCACCUGAAAGGAAGGUAACUCAUGAGAACUUUCUCCCUGGCUGUUACAAUAUUCUCUGGGGCACUCGUCAUCAUCAUCAUCAAACAUCCUCGUGACUCGAAGCAUUUUAUUGUCUUAAUGUUAUAUAAUUCCAAACCAAGAGUUACAUGCAAGCAUCUACAUGUGAAAAAGAAGAAAAAGAAGAAUAGGCAUCUACAAGAUGGUAAUGGCAAGAUUUGGAGUUAGGUUUACUGAAAAAUUACUUUAAGUUAUGUAGAAAUGAAACAUAAAAAAGGAAAAAGAUAAAAAAGAAAAUAUUGCUCUAUUGAACAAUAGGAGACAGAGUAUGGAGCUGAAUAGCAGCUAACUUCUCAGGAAAAUGGAUGGAAUUCCAGUGUGUGUCGAAUGACCUUUUAGAAAAUGUUAUUGCUGUUUGCAUUCAACUUGCUGAAUUGAAGGAAACAAAAUAUUCUUAAUGGAUUGGCAGUAGCUGCCCACCUUGGGAAUGUUUGACCUCAGGAAUGCCCUUCCAAGAGUCCCUACUGCCAGAGUUAGUUCCUUGAGUUGAGUACCGACAAGGUGGGGUUUAUUGUACUAUGUAAGUACUUCUUGGGAAUGCUCCCAGUUUUAUGGUUCUGCAUUUUCUUAAUCUGAAUGUGUCUAGUUCUGUGCAUUGAAACUGUGGAGUGGAUGCUGUGUUAUGAUAGUAAUAUUUACAGUUUGUUGGCAUAUGUUCUUUAAAAAACAAAAAAAUAAAAAAUAAAAAAAAAAUCAUAAAAAUCAUAAAAAAAUAAGACUUGGUUUUUAGAGCUAAGAUCAGCAUACUUUGCAUCCAGCCAUUCAAUUUUGCAGCUCAUAGUGCAGCUUCAAGCUCAACUCAGUAACUCAGGCAUAAAAAUUAUGGUUGUGCCCUCCUGGCAAGUGUUUGAGUGUGUGGAAAAAGGGUUUGGGUUUGUCAGUCAACCAAUAAGGACACAUUUUGGGCAUCCAUUUUUGGAAAUGCAAAAACAAGAUAAGUAAAAGCUAUAUUGGCCUAAGAGCCUAUGAAUAAUGCCAUUCAAACAAAGAGAAAA